AUGCCCGAUCUCCAGCCUACCCAUCUUCCCCCUGCCCCCGAGGAUGCCUCACACGCACAAGUCGUGCGACGGAGUGCCGACGAUCACAUUGAUGUCGGUCAGGGCCUUGCCGAUGAACAGAUUGACCAGGGACCGAGUGCCGAUGAACAGAGCAAUGAGGAAUCCAGCUAUGCACGGAUUUAUGAGGAUCACCGCAAGAAGCGGGAAUUCAUACCCUGGUGGAACGCCCGGCUUCAAGGCACCCUGCCGCUGGCCCUCUCCGCUCGCAUCCCGCUCGAGGUCUUUAGGCUCACCAUCGACGAAAUGGAUCCUCCCACAUUGACCGUCGCGGCGCUGGUCUGCACAGCAUGGUACCCUCGAGCGAUGCACAAUCUCUACUACACCAUCGUGAUUCGCAGCCGCACAAGCUACAACCUGCUGUUUAAGCAGUGUCACGCAUCACCACGCGUCAAACAGUGGCUCGCGAGCACAUGCGAGCUGACGGUAGACGAGCAGUGGGAUCCCUAUAGAGACGUGCACAUGAACAACCUUAAGGCCCAGGAAAAGGGUGAGGACAAAGACGGGAGCGUGGAAUCCCCGCAGCGUAGAAACAAGAGCAGGAGUGACAAAUCCUUCUUACAAGCACUACCGUCCGCGCUCGCUGGUCUGAUGCCUCGUCUACGCAUCCUUCGCAUCUGCAAUGCAAGACUUCGUUUCUUCCGCACGGAUUUCUUCUCCGCCCUGUCGAGGUUCGAGUCUGUCAAGUCGCUGACGCUCUCCAUGUGCCGACUGAACAACGUCACGCAGCUGCGGCGGAUUGUGUCUGCCUUCCCCCAACUCACAAAUCUCACGAUGGAAUUUAUUUUCUUUGCUCAGCGAGGUGCUGCGAGUUACGCGGGAGCCUCACUAUUUGGGGCACCACCUCACAUGCGUCUUCGACACCUUGACGUCCGCGUGGAUGAUGAACACAUGGUGGUGUUCCUUGACUGGAUGGCGCGCUCAGACCUCUGCACCUCACUUGCAAAUCUGACAAUCGUGUCACCAUAUGAUUUCCCCACGACACAGUCAUCCCUUAACCAGCUCCUCAAAACGGCGGGGGCAUCAUUGUCCCGUUUCUGCGAGGGGCUCUAUGACGAAGAUGACCUGACUCACGGAAACCUGCUGCAAAACACCGCCUUGCAAUCCUUGGACUUCGCACUGCAUGGCACCAGAUACAUGCCCGAAGACGAGGGGCUUCGCGCGGCAUGGACCAGAGCGGCGGGUAGGUUACACGGCAUAUUAUCCACCGUCCGAAGCCGUCAGCUGGAGCACAUCAAGUUCGCCGUUGACGUUGACGCCGGCGACAGCAUUCUCGAGUCUGAGGAGCCAAGCGCUGUCCUCGAGAAGCUCAACCUGCGGGGCCUGCACGAGGUCAUGAGUCAGCCAUUCUUCGACACAUUGAAGGAUGUCAAUGCGGAGAUACACCUGUACCCUGGGUCCCAUCAGACCAAGUCGGAUGUGGACGGCAUUAUUCAGAAGCUCCAGGCCAUGUUCCAUAGCAUAUUACAGCCAUGGUCUGACCGUGGCAUAGUCACCGCAACCUGGAGGCGCAUUUGA